AAUUAUAUUAAAUUUACUGUUGUAGUGAAAUUAUCUAAAUUAUUUCCAAUUGUUAUUCGACUAUUUAUUGGUUAACGAGAUUUGAGGACAUCAAUAAUCGAUAAGUUCGAAUGCAAUCGAUAUUUGUAUAAUAUUAGCUCGACCACGCAGUUUGUUAAAGAUUUUGAUUCUGCUAUGCAAAAUUAAAAACUUUCUAAAUUGUUCAUUAAUUAUGGCAAAUAUUUCGUUAAGUGAAGCAGAGAAAACAUUUAUACUUCACGGCGUAGAGGAAGAUUUCCGUUGUGAUGGACGAUCGCGUCGUGACUAUAGACCUAUGGAGUUAGAAACUGAUUUGGUUAGUAAUGCCAGUGGUUCAGCUAGAUUGCGAUUAGCAAACACAGACGUUUUAGUAGGAAUAAAGACAGAGAUUGAUAAACCGAACUACCUAACUCCUGAUCAAGGCAAAAUAGAAUUUUUCGUUGAUUGUUCGGCAAAUGCAGCUCCUGAAUUUGAAGGGCGAGGUGGAGAAGAACUGGCAUUAGAAUUGGCAGAUACCUUAACAAACGCAUAUGAAUCCCCAAAAGCCUUCGACUUAAAACUACUUUGUAUUCUGCCUGGUCAACAAUGCUGGAAACUUUUUGUUGAUAUUUUGAUUUUAGAAUGUGGAGGAAAUUUAUUUGAUGCAGUAUCUUUAGCAGCGAAAGCAGCUUUGUUCAAUACAAAAAUACCACGUGUAACAGCGGCGCUUAUGGAUGCAGGAGAAGCAGAAUUAUUAAUUUCCGAUGAUCCUUAUGAUUGCACACGAAUACCAAUUGGAAAUUUGCCUAUAUUGGUAACCGUGUGCAAAAUAGGGGAUUCGUGUGUUGUAGAUCCAUCUGCGGAAGAAGAAGAAUGUAGCAUUGCCAGUGUUGUUGUGGGGGUCUCAAAGAGAAAAGGAAAAAGUUAUACGUCAAACGUACACACAAUCGGAGAAGGGUCAUUACAUAAGGAUACAAUGCAUAAUUGCGUAUUAUUGGGCUUAUCUGCGGCGGAAAGCUUAAACAACGAAUUGGUGAAAGCUUUGAAACUCGAGGAAGAGCGCAUUGGAUCAAAACGUCGAAAUAUUGUAGGUUUUCUUAAAUAAAAUUUCAAAUAAAUACCAAGGACACCGAUUUAUUAAAA